UCCACGCGCUGCCCAUGUGUAUGUAGUGGAUUCCAGCCUAUCAGUGGCGGGAAGCACGGGCCAAGUGGCCUUGGAUCCUACUGCCACCAAGCUGCUGGAAACCACACACAACGCAAUCCAAGCGGCUGAACGUUUAGGCUGGUUAGGUGAUGGAUCAUCAGAAUUCAUGUUGGCCAGUGUGUUUCCCCAGUACGCAUUGGUGACCCCGACGUGAUUCGCAUUAUGUUUGUGUAGUUCAUAUAUUUUUUAUAUUUGUGCGUGUCACGGUGACUUUUACCUGUCGUAUUUGGUGAAAGAUUUUCCUUACGGAUAUAUUGCACGAACCAUGGGAGUUUCUACAGACACAAUUGGAACAACUCCAGCACCACAAUGAAGCACUGCAGCAACAACUUCGGCAAAUGCAGGAACAGCAACAUCAUCAGAAUGAACAACCGGCAUUGCCAUUGGAAGUUAACCGGGAGUCUACUAAAUACUCCUAUGUGAUAUCGCAUUUGGAUGAGCGGUACGCAAAUGAAGUCGAGGAUUUGAUCACCACUCCUCCUGCUGAUAAUCCAUACACCACCCUCAAGACUGAAAUAAUACGUCGUCUGUCCGUCUCAGAAGAGCGUCGUGUACGACAACUCCUUGUCGAAGAAGAACUCGGUGACCGUACUCCUUCUCAAUUUCUCCGUCAUUUGCGAUCUCUACUCGGCAGUACCACUGUUCAAGACAGCCUUCUCCUCACCAUUUGGAUGCAACGUCUUCCUGCGCACGUUCAAGCCAUAUUACAACCUCAAAUCAGUCAAAUUGGUCUUACUACCGACACGCUCGCCGUUACAGCGGACAAGAUCAUAGAGGUUCAGCCUGGUACGACCUUUAACACUGCUUCUAAUUCCGCCGUAGUGCACGCUGCCUCCAUUACACCUGGUACAGAUCUAAUUUCUCAGCGUUUGGACGAACUUUUCCGACAGAUCUCAGUUAUGCCAAUUGGUUACAACAAAUUAAACAAGAACCACCAUCGAUCUCGGAGUAACACCCCUUCAACUACCGUCAAAAUCGACAUCGUUCUCCGUCAGCCACAAAUUCAUCAACAAUUAUUUGCUGGUACCAUCGACGAUUCGGCGACCAAGCCAACAAGUGCACGAAACCCUGUUAUUUCAAUUCAACAAACUCCACCGGCAGUCAGUAAUGGCGGCAGCCGGCUGUCCAACUGGAGGAAGCCGCCUUCUAGUUGUUGAUCGUAAGUUAGGAAUUAAAUUUCUGCUUGACACUGGAUCAGAUAUAUGUUGUUU